GAGGGUUUCGAUGACUAACUGGCCACGAAGCCUCGUCUGUUCUGCUCGCAUGCGACUCGAUCGCCGAGACCGCCGGAAGGGAUCGAGAAUCCCCCUCUUGUGAUGGAUCCAGUUCAGCCUACAGGGGAAAACUACGCCAAUCCAAAGACUUGCCUUUUCCAUGUUCUUUUCAAGGCUGCGGCGUUGGCUUUCUACAUACUCUCGGCGAUCUUCAUUGACAGUUUUGUGAUCAUUUUUGUGGUCACUGUCUUUCUUGCGGCUCUUGAUUUCUGGGUCGUCAAGAAUGUCAGCGGGAGGAUUUUGGUUGGGCUGAGGUGGUGGAACGAGAUUGACGAGCAGGGAGAGAGCAUCUGGAAGUUUGAGUGCUUGGAUCAGGAGUCUCUUGCGCGUAUGAAUAAGAAGGAUUCAUGGCUCUUUUGGUGGACGCUUUAUCUCACGGCUGUUGCAUGGAUUUUUCUUGGUAUAUUCUCACUUAUAAGGUUCCAGGCAGAUUAUCUACUGGUUGUGGGAGUUUGUUUAACCCUCAGCAUUGCGAAUAUUGUUGGCUUCACUAAAUGCCGUAAAGAUGCCAAGAAACAGAUCCAACAAUUUGCCACUCAGACCAUCGCUUCGCGCUUCACAUCAUCCUUGCAGUCAGCAUUCAGUGUUGUCUGAAAUAACAUCGGAUAAAGAAUUAUGCCAGAGGAUGUCGUGUUUGUUAAACAAACAAAUUUGUUCUUUUUCUUAAACUCUGUAGGCUAUCAGAAAACAACUUAAUUGUCUGUAUCUUAGUUCCCCACAGUGCUUUCCUUCAAUAUUAAGUAGUAUACAGUGUGUUACAACAGUCUGGUGCUUUGCAAAUAAAGGAAAAUGAGAUUGGAAAUCUAACUCUGCA